UCAUCAGCCGUCACAACCAGGUUUCAGUCCAAUAACUUUCCUAGACCUUAUUUGCGUUUCAGCUCCGUGCAUCCAUUCACUUGCUCCUUCUCCAUUUUGACUCGUCACCUCAAAAUUGCCCCACACCUGAAAGACAGAGCAAACACUAGGAUAUGUCAGGGAAAAAGGAAAGAAACAAGGAGAGAAGAGAAAAGAGACUCCAAGAGAUUUCGCUUCUCAGGACCAUUCCUUAUUCUGAUCAUCAAAGGUGGUGGUCACAAGAAACUGUUGCAGUUGUAACUGGUGCUAAUAGAGGAAUCGGGUUUGAAAUUGCAAGACAACUUGCCGGGCAUGGAUUGACAGUAAUACUAACAUCAAGGAACAUUAGUGUCGGCAUUGAAGCAACCAAGGCCUUACAAGAAGGGGGUUUCAGUUAUGAUGUUCAUCAGCUUGAUAUCUUGGAUGGUGAAUCAAUUUCAGCGUUUGUUGAAUGGAUAAAACAAAAAUACGGUGGCAUUGAUAUCCUGGUGAAUAAUGCAGGUGUUAACUACAACCUCGGGUUCGAUAAUUCUGUGGAAUUCGCACGACAGGUAGUUGACACCAAUUAUUAUGGCACUAAAAAUAUGAUUAAAGCAAUGAUACCAGUAAUGAAACCUUCCGCUGCUGGUGCUCGUAUCGUUAAUGUAAGCUCACGGCUGGGCAGACUAAACGGCCGCCGCAAUAGAAUUCAAGAUGCAACUUUGAGAGAAAAACUAACUAAUUUGGAAACUCUCUCAGAGGAAUUGAUUGGUAGAACAGUGUCUAGGUUCUUACAACAAGUUGAAGAUGAAACUUGGCAAUCAGGCGGAUGGCCUCAAACAUUCACUGAUUACUCUGUAUCUAAACUUGCUGUCAAUGCUUACACCAGACUGGUGGCCAAAGAACUCUGCGAUCGACCACAAGGCGAAAAGAUAUAUAUCAACUGUUAUUGUCCAGGAUGGGUGAAGACUGCAAUGACAGGUUGGGCAGGCAAUAUUUCUCCUGAGGUUGCAGCUGACACUGGAGUCUGGCUUUCCUUGCUUUCUGACCAAGCAAUAACUGGAAAGUUUUUUGCAGAGAGACGAGAAAUCAACUUUUGAGUAAAUUAGGUUCUGCAUUGUAGAGUCAAAAAUUUGUUCUAUUCUUGAAGAUUCGAUGAAACAGUUGAAAGUAACUUGUUUUAGAAGCAAUUUGGCCCAUACGUAGCACCAAACUAAAACCGAACAUAUGAAUCAAUGCUGCUUUCUGUCUAACCUUAAAAGACCCAAGUAUAAUUGCUUCCACUCU